CGCUGAGCAGAGCCCGGCCCCGCCCCGCCCCGCCCCUUCUCUGGGGUUGUGGGGGGCGUGAGACCCCCUCGGCCUGUUCCCCCUGCCCGGGGGAUGGGCCCGGCCCACUUGCGGCGGGCGGGGCCUUCGCUGAGCCCUCCGAGCCCCUGCCCCCCCUCAGCGUGCUGGCCGCUGCCUGGCCGGGGGCGAGUCUGAGAGCGGCCGGGACCCCAAAGAGCGCCGCCCCCGAAAGACAAAGCGGGGGUGGCCUGGGUGAGCCCCCCCCCGCCCUGGCCGCGUGUCCGGGGCACCCGUUCCCACCUCCCAGGGCGGCGGCCUCACAAAAGGGGUGACCCUGGGAAACCCUGGGCAGGUGGCGACUCUGCCCCCCAACGCCGUGGGCCCUUGUCCCGAAGCCUCUCCCUCCCCUGUGCCUUCCGCCGGCGGUGAGCAAGCUGUGUCUGAUCAGGCUACCUAACCCCCCCUCAUACGGAGUUCAGGUGGCUAGUAUCUGCCGGGGAGCAGAGAGGGCGGUCUCCAUCAACUGGGCGGUGAUACAGCCUGUUGGCCCUCAUGCCUGACCACACAGAUGUCAGCCUCCUUCCAGAGGAGCGAGUUAGGAGGCUGAUCCAGAUGGGGAGCUCCGUGGAGGUGAAUGAGGAUGUCCCGCCACGGCGGUAUUACCGCUCUGGGCUCGAAAUCAUCCGCAUGGCGACGAUUUAUUCUGAAGAAGGCAACAUUGAGCACGCCUUCAUACUGUACAACAAGUAUAUCACGCUGUUUAUAGAGAAGCUGCCGAAGCAUCGCGAUUACAAAACCGCCGUCCUCCCUGAGAAGAAAGACACGGUGAAGAAACUCAAAGAAGUCGCGUUCCCCAGAGCUGAGGAGCUGAAGAAGGAGCUGCUAAAGCGAUACACCAAAGAGUAUGUGGAAUACAGUGAGCAAAAGAAGAAGGAGGAGGAGGAGUUUGCGCGUAACCUGGCUCUGCAGCAGCAGCUGGAGGAGGAGAGGCAAAGGGUAGCCCAGAUGAAGCAGCAGCAGGCAGAGCAGGAGCAAUUUAAUGCCUUCGAGGAGCUGAUCCGGCGCAAGGAGCUGGAGAAAGAGCGUCUGAGAAUCCUGCAGGAAUUUGGGAAGCCAGAGCUAGGUCCUGAGUCUCUGGGAGGACCCCUGAUACCAGGAGUGGAAAAGCCCCCGACUGACUUAACCCCAAAGCUUCCUGCUUCUCCUGUUCCACCUGCAAGCCCAGUGGUAGGAACAGUGCUGCCAAAACUGCCUGUUGUGGACAGAUCUCUGAAGCCUGGAGCUUUGGGGAGCCCGGAAAACAACGUAAUGACAGAGGGCCUUCGCCAUAUCGUCAUCCCCAAGAUGCUCUGCCAUAAGUUCCUCCAGGUAGCUGAUGCUAACACUGCCCGGGGUGUGGAGACAUGUGGAAUCCUCUGUGGGAAACUGCUGAGGAACGAGUUCACGAUAACGCACGUCAUUGUCCCCAAACAACACGGAGGCCCCGAUUAUUGCAACACGGAGAACGAGGAGGAACUUUUCCUGAUUCAGGAUCAGGACAGCCUCAUCACUCUGGGAUGGAUCCAUACUCACCCUACGCAAACAGCUUUUCUCUCCAGCGUGGAUCUGCACACGCACUGCUCCUAUCAGAUGAUGCUGGCUGAGUCCAUUGCCAUUGUGUGUGCACCCAAAUACCAGGAGACGGGAUUCUUCAAGCUGACAGACCAUGGCCUGGAGGAGAUCUCUUCCUGUCGGCAGAAGGGCUUUCAUCCACACAGCAAAGAUCCACCUCUCUUCACUAGCUGCACUCAUGUGUCGAUAGCUGAGGGAGAUGUGGUGCUGAUGGAUCUUCGAUAAGCCCAUUGCCUUAACGUACUUCUUUACCAUAAAAGAGCUAACUUGUAGGCCUAGGGAAGCUUUUCCUCCCGUAGCAAAUGAUUCCCACAGUACAGCGUGAUUUUCAGUAAUGACGGUGAGGUUGGUAAUCUCUGAGCGCACGAGAUCUCUGAGGCCUCUCUCUGGUCUUGGGAGACGUUGAGAUUCUGAGGGACAAAAGGGAAUAUUAAUUUGGAUCUUAAAAAAAGAAAAAGCUAACGCUACAAGGAUUAACUCCCUAAUAAUCAGUCAUUCUGCAGUCCUUCCAGAAGGACUCAUGGCCUAAGACUUGUGAGCCUAAGGCCUGGAAAUUCGAUUGGGCUGACUGGAGAGCCUUUGAAAGGAAGCUCUUUCCAACCUCAGAUCCCCCAAAUUUAGCCCAUCUUUUUUUUUUGGCCCUCAUAUCUGAUCCAGACCCCGCUGAACGGCCGUAAGUCUUUCCGUUGACUUCAGUGGGCCGUCAGUCAGGACCUUUGUAAAGCUCCAACGGGUCUUAGACUCACUUACACAAAGACCCCUUUACAGUGGAAGUAAGUGACAUCUUCACCCGCAUUUUGACCUCCUGUGUGCUGAGAGCAAUAUGAAAUGAGCCUUCAGGGCCUGAUUCUCAUUUACACAACGUCUUUCCCCCCAAAAAACCAAUGGUUCAGUUACUUGACUUUAGAGCAGUGGGGGGGGGGGGGGGGGGGGGGGGGGGGGGGGGGAACUGGUGCCAACAGCUCCGUCUCUAACGAGCAGCCCUCCAAGACAUAGGUAGCAUGAACACAAUGGAAGGAAUAGAUGCUAGACAGGAAACUGGUUUCAAUUGCACAGUUGCCAUAAAUAGUUGGUUAAAUCCGUUUAAAAUGACAAAAAAAUGUUAUGGGUGGGGGAGGAGAGAGAAAUAUGACCCUUUAUUUUAUUAUUGCUCCUAAAUGGGAAAUAACCCUGGUCUUUGUUCUGCUUCUUUAAUAGUUCAGUAUGGAUGGAAGAGGGUCCUUUCUUAUGGAUUACUCCAACAGUGUAGCCGUAGGAAAGUCCCACAGCUCAGGACAGUCCCAGGUGACCGAACAUUUAAGGUGUGUCAAUAUCCGGCUGGAGAGAGAGGUGAAAUAGUGUGGUCGUGGUUCUAACACUGAGUUCCCUUGAUAGAUUAAUUCCUGCAGGGGAAUGGGAACUGUUAUCUAGUCUAACCAAGCUAGAGGCACUUCAUGUGGGGCUUUUUAGCCAGGUCCAGCGGAUUGGGCAUUGGACUGAGUCAGGAGACCAGGGUUCUGUUCCUGGGUUAGUGGCUUCCCUUUUCUAGGUCUGUUGCCCAGUCUAUAGAAUGGGGAUGAUUUAAAUUGACCUUUUCUCUGUCAUGUGCAUUGAGGUCUACAGAUGAAAAGCGUCCUGGAAGAACUACGCUUUACUAGCAGCAGGGCAGUUCUCAGGUGUUUGGGGCAGGGUACCCAGGAGAUCCUUUAUCCAGACUGGUCGGGGAAAUUGUUAGAACCGUACCAGAAUUAACUGUAUUCAGAUAGUCCUAGAUCUGCACUUCUCACCAGGCCCUAAGUCCAGAAUGGGUCGGUCCUUAUUCUCUGGGUCAAGCAUCCCUGAAGAUUGGCAAAGUUGGGAUCCAAAUGCCUCCCUGUUAGUAUUCAAGUCAUGUCGCGAAGAAUCCUCUAUUCAUCUCUGUAACCCCUUGCUACUGCUCGACUUCUCCCCUAGGAAGCCAAACUCAUAGGAAGUUUAACUCUCCUUGCCAAAGUUCACCCUCCCAUGAAGUCCUGAGAUGAUCUGUUUUCGAAAGCCUGUUGUAUAGAAUCACUGAAUGUCGUACACAAGUGUAAUACGUUGUUCACGUCAGAUGCCAAACUGUGACUUUUCCCCUCCCCCCCCCCCCCCCAUUUCUUCUGUCUGUCUCCGUGUCCGUUAGUCUCGGGAGAAGAAAUGAAGAUAACCGCGUGUUAGAAACUGUUCCCACUGUAUAAUACUCUUCGUACAUUCUAACUCUGUGAUGUGUUAGAUUGUCAAUGAGCAUUAAAUGUUAACGAGACGGAUUUUUGGCUCAGCGUAGAGUGAAAGAUUUUAGGCUUUCAUUCUGGAGCAGCUGAUGGUAGUACAUGAGAUCUCCGCAUCCUACAUUUGGAGCCUCCUUUUAUCAACACAUGCACAGUUGGCUUUUCAUCUGGAAUAUAAUAUGUGCCCUUACUGACAUGUUUUGCUGUAUAAUAUAUAAUAUAAUAUAACGAAAUUCUUUGGUGUACAGUUUAAUACAGAUCGAUGAUGAUCUCUCGGA